GGCAGUAUUCUUGUGCUCGCUACAGUGGCAGGUGGCACGCAACCCCGCGACUCAAAUAACUUACGUCCGCGAAAACAUUGUUUGUUACCUUCCUGCUCAUAACUGUGAUAGUUCUCGAUUACUUAGCGGUGUAACUGAAGCUUCUCUGACUGUUUAUAAUGUUAAGAAUUUGAAACAGUGUCGUGUGAGUGUUCUAAGAAAUACCGGCUCCGUCAGUCAUGUCAUCAAGUACGGUUUAAGUGCAAAAUCUUCUUGAGUUCCACUAAAAAUGCUCACAAGCACAUUGGGACUGAGUUUGAUGUGAAUCUGGGAAUUUAGAUCAAAGAGCGCUUUUACGGUUUAUUCGGGAGGCGACGAAGCGCAUCGGUGACGGGCCGCUGUGGCAGUAUGAUGGACUGUCUGUGCCCCGCACCACGCACGCUCGCCUGCCGCAUCGUACUGCUCGACGAAAGAGAAUUGUUUCAUGAGAUUCAGGAUAAUAACACCGGACAAGGCUUGCUUGAUGUUGUCUUCAAACACUUGGAUUUAUUGGAAACAGCUUAUUUUGGUCUUCGGUACCUCGAUCAAGAAAAUCAAACUCACUGGUUAGAUUCCGGGAAAAGACUUCGUCGGCAGCUACGAGGGUCAGACACCCAUACAUUUUAUUUCGGCGUUAAGUUCUACGCAGCCGAUCCUUGCAAGCUACUGGAAGAAAUCACUCGGUAUCAGUUAUUCUUGCAGCUGAAGCAAGACGUUCUGCGUGGUCGGUUGCCCGUAAAUUUCGACCUAGCCGCCGAGCUCUCCGCAUAUGUUCUUCAAUCGGAGUUGGGUGACUACGACCCGAGGCGUCACGCGCCCGGCUACGUGUCGGAGUUUAGACUCCUCGCACACCAAGCACCAGAACUGGAGACACGAGCUGCCGAGAUACAUCGCACUCUCGCAGGUAUUUCGCCGGCGCAGGCAGAAUUAAGUUACUUAGAUAAGGUGAAAUGGCUCGAUAUGUACGGUGUGGAUUUGCACCCCGUCUUAGGCGAAGACAGCGUAGAAUAUUUCCUAGGACUGGCGCCGAGCGGUCUACUACUUUUAAGAGGCAAGCACACGGUCGCCAAUUAUUACUGGCCUCGAGUUUCGAAACUUUAUUACAAAGGACGAUACUUCAUGCUUCGCGUAGCGGAUAAAAACAAUGAGACGUCAACGUAUGGGUUUGAGUCUCCUACAAGAUCGGCGUGUCGACAUCUGUGGCGCUGCUGCUCCGAUCACCACACCUUCUUCAGAUUACAGCAAUCAUCACCUGCUUCAGCUGAGAUGCUCGCGUUGGGUUCUAGGUUUAGAACUAGUGCUCGCGGGACACGCCCUCGUCCGCCACCCGCAUUCACGCGGACGCCAUCACGACGAAACGCGCGCCCCUCAUACGCUUCGAACUCAUCUCUAAUUGACGUGCCAAAGUUAGAAGAUUUGAGAUUGAAAGACUGCCCACCGGAAAUUAAACAACCUACCUCAGUACAUCGUCCCAGUUCUAUAAGUGGUGAGGUGCCAGCGAUAGGGUGUGAGGUCCCAGUAGCAGCGGGCGGUUCGCCUCGCUCGACGCGUUCAGCGCCGGCUCGCCGUGGCCUCUACUCCGCGUCACCGGCAGCGACGCGCCCGCCCCCCGCUCCGCGACAUCGCUCCGCUUCUGUCGAUUCGCAAAGCUCUAACGAUUCUAGAUCCAAUCGAAAACACAAACACCGGUCUCGUCGACAACAGUCUGAUGCCGAGAGUGAAUUGUCUCGUGGUUCAGGCCGGUCGGGGCGGCGACAUCGACGCCAUCGAUCCCGGCAUAAGCAUGAGUCCGGCUCCGAAAGAGACGAUUCUCAGCCUGAUACCAAAGAAUAUGAGUUAGUUGACUCGGAUUUGCAAUGGAAAGAAGUCCUACGACAGACCACAGCAGGCAGUGGUGUCCAAGUUGCUAGUGUUCGUCGGUCACAGAUGGAACCAGAAAUUGGAACACACCGUUCUUCACAUAGGCACAGAAAGCAUAAAAAACAUAGGUCACGUUCCAGAUCUCCUAGUGAAAAAAAAUGGUUGCCAAGUGAAGUGAAACAGCAUUUGGAAUUUUCUUUGAUUGACACUACUGGCAUGACGGAAGAGCAACUUAAAGAAAUACCAUAUACUGUCGUACAGACUAGUCAUGCUCGUCAAACAAAGCUACGAACCUCUUCUAAGCAUCGGCAGGUAGAAAACGGCUCAUUGGCAAGACGAGACAAAAUCUCUUCGUCUCAUAAAAACACGAACGACACUCUCAAUCAAGGAUCUCUUCGAUCCAUCUCCAGUACUUUAAGCUCUCAUAGGACAAGCAAUGAAAAACAUGGAAGGCGAGUAUAUCCAACGUUCGAUGAUACCGUUGGGCAUACCGGAGAUGAUUUUUUGACAAACAUUGGUUAUAGAGGAAACGUUACUCCAAGCUCAAACAAUAACAAUCCGUAUAGUCCGGUCACAAACAGUAACAGCAACAGCUCUAGCGGUGAACUGAUAUCAGGAAGUGCGCGUGUUUCGCAUGAACAUACAGAUUCUGGUCUCGGUGCCGACCAAGAUUACGCAUAUUCUUCAGAGAGCAGGUCCAGCGACAGUGCUAAGUGUGGUGCGGGCGGGUCGACAGUCCCUGUGAGUAGGCAGUGUGUUGGCGCGGGUGCUGGGACGGGAGCGGAGCCGCGGGGUUGGCGGCGGCCGCCAGCUGCACCGCGCGGGUCUGGCUCACAGCGUUCGUUGGUGUCGGUGGCGAGCGACAGCGCGGCCGCACGCCGCCCGCGCGAACUCGCACCCCGCGGCUGCCCACACGCCGCUCACGGAAGCAUUUCUCUCUUCAGACAUGCUAGCAACAACAACAUAUUGGUGGGCGAGAGCGGUUCGCUGGCGCGGCGGUACGCGCGACCCUCGCGCGAAUCUCGCGACCACAACGCGAACCUGCCGCGCACACACUCGCGUCCCGUCACGCGACACGACAACACUCUCGACAUUAUCUUAAAACCUCUCAUUGAAAGCACGCAACUGCAGAGCAACUGAACGAACCAGGAGAGUCAUCGGAAACGCCUACGCCAUCCUUCUCCGGAAAUAAGCCAGUUCCUGCCGAAAUGAGCACGGAGCUAUAAUUUAUUUUUGAUUUUUUAAAUGAAAACAACAUAAGCACAAUGACUGUUUACUGAAAUAUAAAAUUGUAACCCUUCUUCCAAAGUAUUUUUUCACAGUAAAUUUUUCAGUAUCACCAUAAUGAGACUUGAAAAUUUUUUGUACAUAUUUCAUAUAUGCAUUUGUAAUGUUGAUUAGUGUUUAUAAAACUAGGUAUGUAAGUUUGAACAGUUUAUACCUCGUACCAAAGACUUUGUAAUAAUUCAAAACAAUAAUGAUUUUUUGAUAUAUUCCCUUUACUACGAAAAAACAAUAUAUCGAAACACUUUUCAUGAGAAUCCCAAAACAAUAUUCAAUUAAUGAAAAUUUUACGCAUUUUGAAACUACACUAAAAUUAUUCUAAAACCAAUUCUAAGCGUAAGAAAUACUUUUUAACGUAUUUUUGUCUUACAUUAGUUUAGUUAAUCAAUGAUGUUGUCAUUUAAAUAUGUGUUUAAUGCGUUUAAAUUCGUACUGAUUGUCAAUUGAAUAGCGCAAGAGAUGAAAUUUACCACGUAAAAGCACAUAUUCACUUCAGGGCAUAGUUUUGCACGGCAUUGUACUCUAUGCCUUGACAUCCUUUGUAUAUGUAACUGAAGGGAAAUAAGGGUCCGGCUGUAAUUUGAUAAAGUAAAAAGCGCUGGGUCUCGUUGGAUGCAGGUGGCAAUGGACCGGUCGCACUGUAAAUCUAUUGGAGAGGCCUAUGUUCAGCAGUGGACGGCGAUAGGCUGAAAUGAUGAUGUAAUUUGAUUAAGUCUAACUAUUCUCUUCCCCUCCUCAAGUCGCUGGCAAGCAAUGAGCCGAGUCUAAGCGACUGAGUAUCUUCUCGAUAAGCUAUCAUCAGUGGUUGGUGACACGAUGAUUUUCAUUGUUAUGUAGCUCAGACGUUGGUCAAUUUCUACAUUUGUUACCUUUCUCAUUUCAAUUAUCUAUUCUAAAUUGUGAGCGGGUUUUCAAAUACUGUCUAUAAAAUAGUAUAAUUAUCUUAGUUUAACACGAGUCGUAAAUUUGAUCAGUAACAGUAGAGUUAUGCUCUACAGUACAUCAAUAUAUAAUCAAAACAAAUACAAAACAUUAAUGACAACAGCUGUUUAUUUAUUUCGAAUAUAUGGAGAGUGUUAUUGUUACUAUAAAUUUAGGAUUCUGCAAUAAUUUUCAUUUAAGAUUACUUUUAUGUUUUAAUCUAAAUAAUGUUUUAUUGCAUGGAUUGAUGAAGAAGAUUCACGGUCCAAAUGACGUUAAGUGGCUACCGGAGCCCAUAGAUGAUUCACAAUAUAAUCACCACCCACCUUGAGAUUUGAGAUCGAUUUCUCAAUUUAGUUUUGUAUAACAGCAAUCCCACCCAUCAAAAUGAAUUUACAUAUAAAAACUUCAGUGAAAACACAUAUUUAAAUACCAAACAAAAAACUAUUGAAUAAAAAGCUUGCGAGAGAUUUACAACGUACACGUGCGAUUCCCACGCUUAAUCUCUUUGAAAUCGGAUCUCAUGUAAGAAGCAUUUUGGGCACACGCGUGCUGACUACCCGCAAUAUUUGUGCUUUCAUAAAUAUAUUUGUAGUUUAUAAUCGUAUUUUGUACAUAUAUAUACCACGGCUCAUAUUGUAAGGCCCGAUUUGUAAAUAAGUAUUUGUUUACCAAUAAAAUGUACAUUGUGUAGUUGUUUAUGUCGUUUUUAAACAUAUAAUUUUAGAUUUAAGACAAAUUGUCGCAUACAAGCAUAGUUAAACAUUAAUAGAUAUCGUGCAAUUUAUUUGAAUUAAAUUAAAUGAAGAUCAGUCGAUUUGUACUGCGUCAAGACUGAGUUCAACAUUACUGUUUCAACACCCCAAAAUGUCAACUUAAUACUGUAUUUUUACAAAACUUCUCCAAAAUUUUCAUUAAAGGAUCUACUUUGAAA